AUUGUAGGUUAGCCGCAGCUUUACUUAGCAGUGUCGAGUCUCCGUGGACGGAUAGACAGCCAAGAUGCCUGGACCAGUGACGGACUAUCAGACUUUGAAAGACCUGGCCACCAGGAUCAGGAUACACAGUGUGGAAUCCACGUCGGCUGCCAAUUCGGGCCAUCCAACAACAAGCUCCUCCAUUGCAGAGAUCCUCUCUGUGCUUUUCUUCAACACAAUGCGCUACAAAGUAUGCGCUCCCAAAGACCCAGCCAGCGAUAGGUUUGUCCUUUCCAAGGGUCACGCAGCACCAGCCCUGUAUGGCGCGUGGGCAGAAACAGGGCUUUUCCCUGCUUCCGACUUGCUCAAAUUGAGGCAGAUUGGAUGCGACCUGGAAGGUCAUCCUACACCUCGCCUGAACUUUGUCGACGUCGGUACCGGUUCCCUAGGUCAAGGACUGGCCAUUGCUGAUGGUAUGGCCUAUGUUGGAAAGUACAUCGACAAAGCCGAUUACAGGGUGUACUGUCUGAUUGGUGACGGAGAAAGUGCCGAAGGAUCCAUCUGGGAAUCCAUUCAUUUCGCCAGCUACUAUAAACUGGACAACUUGGUGCUCAUCCUCGACGCCAACCGCCUUGGACAAACACAAGCUACCCAAGUGGGCCAUAACCUGGAGCUCUACAAACAGCGCUUGGAGGCUUUUGGAUUCAACGCCAUCAUCGUGGAUGGACAUAACGUGGAAGAUCUAGUCAAGGGUUUCGAUGUAGCCGCUACUGUAAAAGGAAAACCCACAGCACUCAUUGCUAAGACAUUCAAGGGAAGAGACUUCCCUGGCAUCGAAGACCAAGACAAUUGGCAUGGAAAACCUUUGGGCGCCGAGACCGAUAGAGUUCUGAAACACCUCAAAACACUCUUGAAAAAUCAAGGACAGUUAAAAUUCACCAUCCCAGCUCCAGUCGGCCAGGUCCCCAAGGUGGAUAUUUCAAAUAUCAAAUUAGCUUCUCCUCCAAAUUACAAGGUAGGAGACAAGUUGGCCACUAGAUCAGCCUAUGGAACAGCCCUGGUCAAGUUAGCCAAGAGCAACCCUAGGGUUAUCGCUAUGGAUGGUGAUAUGAAGAACUCCACAUUCUCUGAAGCUCUGAAGAAACACAACCCCGAAGAGUACAUCGAAUGUUUCAUCGCCGAACAAAAUCUAGUAGGUGUGGCCAUGGGAGCAACUUGCAGGGACAGGACAGUUGCUUUUAUUUCUACUUUCGCAGCUUUCUUGACCAGAGCGUACGAUCAAAUUCGUAUGGGUGCUAUUUCUCAGUCUAACGUCAACUUUUGUGGAUCCCACUGUGGUGUAUCUAUUGGUGAAGAUGGUGCUAGCCAAAUGGCUCUGGAAGACAUCGCUAUGUUCAGGUCUAUCCCCGGCAGCACGGUCUUUUACCCUGCUGAUGUUGUAGCCACUGAGAGAGCCGUAGAAUUAGCAGCUAAUACCAAAGGAAUUACCUUCAUCAGAACCAGCAGACCGCCUACAACUAUCAUUUAUCCAAACGAGCAAGUUUUCCAAAUUGGAAAGGCCAACGUAGUCUUCUCCUCCAAUAGCGAUAAGGUCCUCAUCAUCGCAGGUGGCAUCACCCUGCACGAAUCGCUCAUCGCGGCUAAUCAGCUAGCCCAAGAGGGCGUCCAGGUGCGCGUCUUGGAUCCCUUCACCAUCAAGCCCAUCGAUAAGGCCGGUAUCAUCCAAAAUGCUCGUCAAACUGCCAACAAGAUCCUAGUGGUGGAAGAUCACUACCCAGAGGGCGGCAUUGGUGAGGCUGUCUUGUCUGCUCUCGCUGAAGAAACUGGAAUAUACGUGAAGCACAUCGCUAUUCCAAGGGUGCCGCGUUCUGGUACCACCGCCCAGGUGUUGAAUUAUUAUGGUAUCGACGCACCGCAUAUCGCUGGAUACGUUAAGGCGUUGAUUGCAAAGUCUAUUUAAGGUGUUGAAUAAAAUGGUGUUUUUUUAA